CCUGUCCCAUAAUGUUAUCGAGGCUAAGAUCUCAGGUUCCGCAUUUGUCGACACAAUGCAUGGGUGAUGUUACCGUAUCACUGCGAGAGCUCCCCCGCAUCCUCCUGUGCUCCUUCACUUACAGUAGAGGGUUUCAUGGGGGUGAAAACAGUGGGUUAGGAUGAAUAAUCGAAGGUUGGUAAGCCCCUAUUCCUUUCUUGGAUGAACUUCUUAGUCGCAAGGGCUAUCGGCGAUAUUCCUCCUGUGUCCUUAAUCCCCUAUGAACAGGGGAGCAAGGGAUGUAACAGUCCGCUACCCAUGCCCAGUGAUUCCAAAUCCAAACUGCCUAAUAACCCUUCAGUGGCUAGACGCAACAGUCCGUACAGAGUACUCCGGAGUAGAAAGGAAGAAGAACAGACGGGAUCUGUUGAUUGUGAUCAUGCACUCGGAGUGGAGUCCACAUCGACUUCCAUCGUUGAUCGCCUCUCAGAAUAUCCUAAUUCAGGCUCUCGUCGGCACCAACACCGACAUCAUUUUAUCCCUAUAGCAGCUGAUAUGCUCAAAUUCUCUGGACGGAUCAUAUUAUCCAUCGGUAUAGCUCGCGUAGCUCGUACUCCGGGCAAGGGACUGGUUGUACACUAGUAUCUACAAGGCGAUUGGAAUGUGGCCCCUAUAGUCUAUCCCGAGACAAUCUUUCAGAGUUUCUAGAUCUUCAUUCCAAACAUGAACCAUGUUUCCGUGUAUAGUAGAGAUCGCUUGCCACAUGGCUGUCGGUUUCACCUUAAUCAAAAACCCGAGGAAGACAUAUAGGAUAAUCGAAGGACGGUUCCGGAGUACGGGUGGCGCCC